AUGGCAGAUAUCCAACAAUCGCCUAUCGCGGCAGUACUUGCGACUGCAAGCGCCACUGGCAUUGCGCUUCAUUUAUUCUUUUUCAAGAUUGUUGAGGUAGACAAACGCCCAGUCUCUACCACAGCUGCAUUUAUUGCAGCUUAUCCUCUCAUUUUUAUUACGCUUCCGAGCAUCAGCGAUGAAUACAAUGGGAUUUUCUGGAGGCUCUUCAUCUCUUCGCUCACAUGGUCAUGCUUGGUCAUUUCGCUAUUUUCAAGUAUAUUGAUUUAUCGCGCCUUUUUUCAUCCUUUAAAAGGAUUUCCGGGUCCCUUCAAUGCCAGACUAAGCAAGUUCUGGAGUUUGAAGAAAGUCGUCGACAGCAAACUGCGAUGGUGGAAAAUCCUUGAUCGGCUGCAUGAACAAUAUGGCGAUUAUGUUCGAACAGGGCCUCGUGAACUGGUCAUUUUCGAUCCGGCAGCUCUCACGCCGGUCCUCGGUUUUGCCUCUAUCACAGGGAAAGGUCCAUUCUAUGACUCAAUGGAGACUUCAGUGAACACAUCAAGGGACAAGGAAUUCCACCGAAAGAGGCGCAAGAUCUGGGACAAUGCUUUCAAGAAAUCACUCUCGGAUUAUGGCCCACGCAUCGAAGAGUUCACGGGUCAACUUAUUGAACGUAUCGAGAAAAACGAUGGAAAACCAAUUCUAUUAAAUGAGAUCUGCAUUCAUUAUAGCUAUGAUGUGAUGAGUGCUUUGGCGUUCGGCGAUCCCAUGGGGUUCCUAAAGGGCGACUCCAAUGAUGUCGCGAACUCCGUGCUGGAUAACAUUCAAAAAGGAGUUGAUGCUAUUGGUCUUCUUCUGCAUGUCCCAUGGUUGAUGGGCACCUUGACGACGUUCUCUUGGGCUAUCGGUCCGAUGAGACAGUGGAAUGAAUACUCGGAACAAUUGGUAGUGCUGCGUAAAAAGAUGAAGAACCCCAAACCGGAUCUAUUCGGUCAUCUUCUCGACAAUACCGAGGACACUGCUACGGGGCGUGCUCUUCUCAACUCGGAGUGCCGGUUAAUCGUCGGUGCUGGAAGUGACACAACUGCAACAGCCUUGACAUUUUUGUUUGUUCAACUAGCAUUAUAUCCUGAAUGGAUCCUGCGUCUACGAGAGGAAAUGGAUCCAAUCUUUUCCGCAUCUGGUUAUGAAUGUACUCGAACCUACCCAGUGCUGGAUGCAAUCAUAAAUGAAAGCAUGCGACUUCAUCCUUCCGUUUUCUUCGGAUCGCAGAGGGAGACUCCUCCACAAGGAAUGCAGAUUGGAGAGACAUUCAUUCCCGGCAAUACAAUCAUUUCCAUUCCAGGAUAUCAGCUUGCCAGAGAUGAACGAAACUUUGUCCUAGCUAAUGACUUUCUCCCUGAAAGAUGGUACUCCAAACCGGAGCUUACCAUAAACAAAACUGCUCAUAUGCCUUUCUUGAUUGGACCAUUCAACUGCGCGGGUCGCAACUUGGCGAUGAUGGAGCUUCGUUCUGUUGUCGCACGAGUAGUGCACGAGUUCGAUGUUUCAUUUCCCAAGGGGGUCGAGUUUGAUGCAGUCAAUUACUUUGAUCGGGUGAAGGAUCACUUCAUUGCUGGCGCACCGAAACAGGAUAUGGUUUUCACGAAGAGGAAGUAG